AUGUUCCAGAAUAAUGCCGUGUUGCGAAGCCCAAUAGCGAAUCUGAUGAUUGGUAUCGUAAUAACGGCGGUUCUGCAGAGUUCUUCGACAGUCACUACCAUCUGUGUGGUAAUGGUGAACGCCAAAGCUUUCACCGUCCAGCAGGCGUAUUACGUGGUGAUGGGCGCAAACGUAGGGACGGCGGUGACCAGCACGAUAAUCGCGCUAUUCACCAGUAAGGAACGGACAAAAUUCAGCCGAGCUUUCUCGGCCGCGAUCAUACACGACUUGUACAACUGGCUCGGGGUAGCAGUGCUGUUUCCGAUCGAGUGGAUAUCUGCGACCGCGUUUGGAACAGGUAACAUUCAACAGGCGAACCUCGGCGUCCGGCGGUCCAACUUCACCACGUCACCGUUAAUAGGUCACUUCUUGCUCAACGUCGACCUACCGGACCAGUCGAUUGGAGGGAUAUUGGUCACGCUGUCGCUGGUGUUUCUUAUCACGUGCCUCAUUCUGGACUUGUUAUUCGGCGGCAAAGUGCGCCACAUGCUGCGACGGUCGCUGAACUUCAAACUGAAGGGCCGGUGGAGAUGCCUGACCGGCUACGUGUGUAUCUUGAUCGGUCUGGUGAUCACGAGCAGCGCCGUCGUGUGCACGACCAUGAUCCCGUUGGUCGGCAUGGACGUGAUCACCCUGGAACGCUUCUGGGUGUACGAGAUCGGAGCCGACGUCGGAACGACCGGCACGGCGAUCGUCGCCGCGUUCGCCACCAAGACCGUCAAGACACCUCUGCAGCUUGCCCUGUGCCAUUUCAUGUUCAACGUCUUCAGCAUCUUCCUGUUCUAUUCGAUCCCGGUCGUCCGUCGACUACCGAUUCGUGCCUCCCAGGCCCUCGGCAACAUCUGCGCCCGUUACCGGUGGUUCGCACUGUGCUACAUCAUAGGGACGUUCGUGCUGCUGCCAGCCGUCUUCCUCGGCCUCAAUUUCCUCAGCUGGGUGGCCGCUGUGACGGUGCUGGUCGUCGCGCUGGUGCUAGCGGCGGCCACCGUCACCGUCAGCGUCCUGCAACGGCGCAAACCUCACGUGCUGCCGAAAUUCCUGCGAACCUGGGACUUCCUGCCAGAACCACUGCGCAGCUUGGAGCCGUACGACCCAGCACCUUGCAUCAUUCCAUAUGAUGGCGCACCUUGGCGACUGAUGAGCAAUGAUCGAUGCAGUAUCACCGCAUAA